GUAUGAGGUCAGUAGACUAGACGCUGUCACCGUGACACGUAAUCAUCAAGUCGCUUGUUGUGAUGUAUCAAGGAAAGCACAUCAUUAAUCAGACUGGGAAGGUCGUUUGACAAACGGUUAGGCUUCACAACAUCUUCCAGCACAUAACAUCACCAUGGAAUUGACAUCUGUGUUACAAUCUGGUGAUCUUGCAACAUAUUUGGUGGCCUGUCUCGCCUGCUGUUUUAUUUAUGCUUAUUAUUUCCGUAACAGACUUGAUAUACCCGGACCAUUUGCAUUGCCGUUCCUUGGCAAUUUCUUUACCUUAGUUCUUCAAAGGAAUCGAAACGUGCUGUACAGACUUCAGAAGAUAUAUGGAAACAUUUUCAGAGUGUACUUUGGACGGCGUUUGGUCGUUGUUAUUUGUGGUAAAGACCUUAUCAACGAUGCUUUCAUCAAGCAGGCUGAUUCAUUCAGUGACCGUCCAAACGGAAUGUCGGGGAUUAAGAAAAAGAUGGAACCAGGAUUAAUUUGGUCAAAUGGACAUACUUGGAAGGUACUCCGCCGAUUCACGGUACAGUCAAUGCGAGAUUUUGGACUUGGAAAAAAAAUUCUAGAAGAAAGAAUUUUAGAAGAAUGUAAUGUUGUUCUGAGAGAAAUGGCAAAUACGGAAUCACAACCAUUCAGUAUAAGGGAUCUGUACAGAAACGCUGUAUCAAACGUCACACACACCAUUAUAUUUGGGAAAAGAUGUGAUUACAAUGACCCAGAGUUUCGUGACGUUAUCGACAGCAUUAGUUUGAUAUUCAACAUGUCACUUGGAGGCCUUUCGCCCACAACUAUUUGGCCAUUUUUGAAACUGUUCAUUAAGGACGAAGCAGUCACAAGAUGGAGGUGUUUAACCAACAUAACCAAUUACAUAGAAGCGCAAGUGAAAGAACACGAGUCAUCAUUUGACGAAGAAAACAUCCGUGAUUUCAUCGACGCCUAUCUUCAGGCGAAGAAAAAUGAUAAGGAUACAGACAUCAUCACACCAAAACAACUGUUCCGAGUUAUUCUGAAUCUGUUUAACGCCGGAACAGACACUACGGCAGCUUCAUUGGACUGGUCAGCACUAUACAUGAUCAGCUACCCGGAUGUACAAGAGAAAUGUCAACGAGAGAUUGAUGAAAUAGUUGGUCACGGACGUAAGGUACAAAUGUCGGACAAAUCUCAACUGCCUUAUGUAGAAGCGACUUUACUUGAAAUUCAGCGUCUAGCAAAUGUGGCCAUUGCGAGUCUUCCGCAUGUAGCGACGCGUGACUCCAUUGUUGGAGGUUAUCGUAUUCCCGAGGGGGCUAUUGUUUUAGCACAUCUUCAGCUCACACAUGAAGAUUCUAGUUGCUGGGAUGAUCCGCUGGCGUUUAAACCAGACCGUUUUUUAGAUUCGGACGGCAAGAUAAGGAAGUAUGAUGCAUUCAUGCCGUUUUCUAUUGGACCACGUGCCUGUCCCGGUGAUUCCCUCGCUAAAAAAGUGAUGUUUUUGAUGUUUUGUAACACACUUCAGAGGUUCAAUUUGAUAAAGAGGGAAGAAGAUGAUGUUUUGUCACACGAAGGAGAUGUCGGGAUAACUAGAUCACCGAAGCCUUAUCAAUUAAAGCUUUUCCCUCGGAAGUAAAAAACUUCAUGGUUAAAUUCUUAAGAAUUCCUGUUGAUCUUAAGGAGGGUCGAAAUACUGUGUGAAGGCGCGAGCUUAUCUUUGUACAUUACUUAUUCAUUAAUUCAACGUUUAUGAACCUCCCGAUUAAUACAUAAUAUUCUGUUGGAAAUAAAUUUCUUUCAAAGAU